UCGGGACUCCGGGGUAGCGGUUUGGGGAGCUCUGGGGUCGGCUCGCAAAGUAGAGGGGGCGGAGCUGGGGCGGCAGGGCCGCGUUUGUGCCGGGAGUGGGAGAGGAAGCGGGAAGUUCGUGGAAUCCCCGCACCCAGUGUCAGUGGAUGCGACCGGGCGGGCCCUGGGCCUUCCCGGCCGGUGGAGAGGGACCCCGGCUACUGGCUCCCGGGGCGGCUGGGGCUGAGCGCGGGUCGGGAGCAGGUGCUGGGUGCGGGCCGCGGUGUGCGGGACGGGAGCCUGUUGCGAGCGGCGGCGGGAGGGGAAAGCGCUUUUGUAACGCGGGCGACAACGUGCCCGAAAUCCCCGGACGGUGGGUCUGCAUCGAGACCCCGAGCUCUGGAGCUGGAAAAACCCGGAUGCCAUACUGCUGUUAACACAUGUGACACUGGAGAAUCCCAGCAUGAUGAUACAUGAAGGGUUUUCUGUGGUUAUCUACUUCUGAUUCUUUUGAAAGCUUUAAAGACAUUGGGCAUGAAAGGUUCAGUGAGUUUCCAGGGACCCCUCGUUUGUGGCAGGGCCAGGAGGAAAACAGUUCCGUUGAUUCUUUCACAGCUGAGGCUUCACAGUUCUCUACACUCUCCCAAGAGCCACAGAAAAUGAACACAUUUCAGGCAUCAGUGUCAUUCAAGGACGUGACUGUGGAAUUUACCCAGGAGGAGUGGCAGCACAUGGGCCCUGUUGAGAGGACCCUGUACAGAGAUGUGAUGCUGGAGAACUACAGCCACCUCGUCUCAGUGGGGUACUGCUUUACAAAACCAGAACUGAUCUUCACAUUGGAACAAGGAGAAGAUCCAUGGUUAUUAGAGAAAGAGAAAGGAUUUCUAAGCAGGAACUCCCCAGAAGACUCCCAACCUGAUGAAAUCUCAGAGAAGAGCCCAGAAAAUCAAGGCAAACAUUUGUGGCAAGUUUUAUUCAGCAAUAAAUUAUUGACUACAGAGCAAGAAAUUUCAGGAAAACCACAUAAUCGGGACAUAAACAUUUUUCCUGCAAGAAUGAUGCCUUGUAAAUGUGACACUGUGGGGUCUGCUUACCUGGGUCUCAGCCCGACGGCCCCACACUGUCAGUAUUCAAAAGAAAAGGCUCAUGAGCAUAAUGUAUGUGACAAAUGGCUCAUCAGUAUUAAGGAUGGCAGAACUAACACUCAAGAGAAAUCUUUUGCUUAUAAUAAAAGUGUAAAAACCCUCAGUCAUAAGGAGGACGUUAUUCAGUAUCAGACAAUUCAGACUUCGGGGCAAGAUUUUGAAUAUAAUGAAAGUAGAAAAGCUUUUCUUGAAAAGGCUGCCCUUGUUACAUCUGACAGUACCUACCCAAAAGGAAAAUCUUACAAUUUCAAUAAAUUUGGGGAAAACAAAUAUGAUAAAUCAACCUUUAUUUUUCCUCAGAACAUUCAUACAGAGAAGAGUCACUAUGAGUUUAAUGAUACUGGAAAUUGUUUCUGUAGGAUCACUCACAAAACUCCAACAGGAGGGAAAUCUUUCAGCCAAAAGUCACACAUUAGAGAAUGUCAUAGAGUUCAUAUAGGGAUGAAACCCUUUGAAUAUGGAAAAAGUUUCAACCAUAAUUCAACCCUCCCAGUGCAUCAGAGAACUCAUGCAACAGAUAACUACUCUGAUUAUAACCCAUGUACAGAGACGUUCAGCUACCAGUCAACUUUCAGUGUACAUCCGAAGGUUCACAUAAGGGAAAAACCCUGUGAGUAUAAUGAAUGUGGAAAAUCCUGCUCUGUUAAUUCACGCUUGAUUUGGCCUCAGAAAAGUCACACAGGGGAGAAACCCUAUGAAUGUCGUGAAUGUGGGAAAGCCUUCAGUGAGAAGUCACGCCUAAGAAAACAUCAGAGAACUCACACAGGAGAGAAACCAUAUCAAUGUGAUGGAUGUGAGAAAGCUUUCAGUGCAAAGUCAGGCCUAAGAAUACACCAGAGAACCCACACAGGGGAGAAACCAUUCGAAUGUCAUGAAUGUGGGAAAUCUUUUAACUAUAAAUCAAUCCUCAUAGUGCAUCAGAGAACUCACACAGGGGAGAAACCUUUUGAAUGUAAUGAAUGUGGGAAAUCUUUCAGCCAUAUGUCAGGCCUAAGGAAUCAUCGAAGAACUCACACAGGGGAAAGACCAUACAAAUGUGAUGAAUGUGGGAAAGCUUUCAAACUGAAGUCAGGCCUGAGGAAACAUCAUAGAACACACACAGGGGAGAAGCCCUACAAAUGUAAUCAGUGUGGAAAAGCUUUCGGUCAGAAAUCACAACUCAGAGGACAUCAUAGAAUUCACACAGGGGAAAAACCCUAUAUAUGUAAUCAUUGUGGGGAAGCUUUCAGUCAGAAAUCAAACCUCAGAGUACAUCACAGAACUCAUACUGGGGAGAAACCCUAUAAAUGUGAGGAGUGUGGAAAAACUUUCAGGCAGAAAUCAAAUCUCAGAGGGCAUCAGAGAACUCACACUGGGGAGAAGCCCUAUGAAUGUAAUGAAUGUGGAAAAGCUUUCAGUGAGAAGUCGGUCCUAAGAAAACAUCAGCGAACUCAUACUGGGGAGAAACCAUAUAAUUGUAAUCAGUGUGGGGAAGCUUUCAGUCAGAAAUCCAAUCUCAGAGUACAUCAGAGAACUCACACAGGGGAGAAACCNUAUAAAUGUGAUAAAUGUGGAAAAACUUUCAGUCAAAAAUCAAGCCUUAGAGAACAUCAGAAAGCCCACCCAGGGGAAAAACCCUAUAAAUGUAAUGAAUGUGGGAAAUCCUUCUGUCAGAAAGGACAUCUCAUUCAACAUCAGAGAACUCACACAGGAGAGAAACCAUUUGAAUGUAGUGAAUGUGGAAAAACUUUCUCCCAGAAGUCACACCUCAGUACUCAUCAGAGAAUUCACACAGCAGAAAAACCCUAUAAAUGUAAUGAAUGUGGAAAAACAUUUGUCCAGAAGUCAACCCUCAGGGGACAUCAAAGAAUUCACACAGGAGAAAAACCCUAUGAAUGUAGUGAAUGUGGGAAAACUUUUGUUCAGAAGUCCACCCUCAGAGAUCAUCACAGAAUCCACACAGGGGAGAAAUCCUUUCAAUGCAAUGAAUGUGGGAAAACAUUUGGCCAGAAGUCAAACCUCAGAAUACAUCAGAGAACUCACACUGGGGAGAAAACUUACCAGUGUAAUGAAUGUGAAAAAUCCUUCUGGCGAAAAGAUCAUCUCAUUCAACAUCAGAAAACUCACACAGGAGAGAAACCAUUCAAAUGUAAUGAAUGUGGGAAAACUUUUGCCCGGACAUCAACCCUCAGAGUGCAUCAAAGAAUUCACACUGGGGAGAAACCAUUUAAAUGUAAUGAAUGUGGGAAAAAAUUUGUCCGGAAAGCAAUCCUUAGUGAUCAUCAGAGAAUUCACACAGGGGAGAAACCCUUUCAGUGUAAUAAAUGUGGGAAAACUUUUGGCCAGAAAUCAAACCUCAGAAUACAUCAAAGGACUCACAGUGGGUAGAAAUCUUAUGAAUGUAGUGAAUAUGGGAAAUUGUAUAUAUAAGAAGUCAACCCUAAGCAUAUACCAGAAAAUUCAGGGAGAGGGGAAUGCCUAUUGAUGUAAUAACUAGAAAAUUCUUUUGACAAAAAGAAUACCCCAUUUGAUAUCAGAGAUACACAAAAAACAACUGAGGGUAGUCAAUAUAAGAAGACAGUCCCAGAAGUAAAUCCUCACGGUGAAUCAGAAUUCACGUAGGAAAGAAACGAGAUGAAGAUGAAUGCAGGAAGAAUUGUGUCCAAAAGACAACCUUCCGAGUAUAUCGAAGAAUUCACACAGGCUUCUCUUCUCUUUUCAGAGUACUAUGGAUAGGCCUGAAUGAAGUCAUACCCUAUUAGAUAGCUCCCACACAUCACACAGGCUGGUAAUCUCUUCACCAGUACCAGUUUCAUUUUAUUCCGGGCACACAGUCCACAUUUCCCAAUCUCCUUUUCAUCCAUGUCGGUCUUUGUGACUGGCUACUAAGAUGUGGAUGUCCAUCCCAGUCUGAAAAAUAAGAGACUCCCCUAACAAAUUACCAGGGCCCUGUCACAACAAAAUGGAUAUCAUUGCUAGGACAAACUUGGUGCCGUGCUUGAAUGCAGCAUGGUACAAGAUAAGUCAGCGUGCCUGAAUGAAUAUAUGCAGCAAAAUUCUCUUCUGCAUCUUUCCCAGUUGAACACGAUGUGAGCAAAAUUUUAGCUUAUACAGUAGUCCCCCCUUAUCUGCAUUUCCACUUUAUGCAAUUUCCAUUACCCAUGGUCAACUGCACUUUAAAGUUAUUAAAUGGAUCCAGAAAUAAACAAUUCCUACAUUUUAAA